AGAAUGCAUAGGUUAGAAGCGAAGGCUUUAUAUUUUAUUUUGUAUCUGUGUUCUAUUUAUACGUAAAAGAAGAUUGCUGGAGAGCAAUGGCUGAUGUUAAGGAAACUUCGUGUAGGCUUUGCCUUAAAAAUAUAACCGACGAAAGUUUUGAAGCGAUAGAUAACGUCAUUCUAGACAUCCUAGAUGUUCUUUUGCUGAAAUUGAAAUUUGAUGUGAGCAAAGAGGUCAUAUGUAAGGUUUGCAGAAAAAAGUUAAAUGCGGCGUUAGAAUUUAAGUCAACAUGUCUGAAUACCGAUAACAUAAUUAUUCCUUAUGUGGAUAGCGAAAAAAUGUUACAGCUCGACUUGAGAGAAGUAUACAUGCAGGAAAAGAAAAGUGAAUUAGUUUGCAGUCAGAAAAUAUGUCGAUUGUGUAUGCAUCCAAUAGAAAGUGAGUUUAGGUGCAUACGUGAAGUGGAACUUGAAGCUAUUGAGAAAUUGGCUCCCGAGAUGAAUAUAAAUAUCAUCAAAGACCCCGUUGUUUGUAAGCCAUGCUUCGAUUCUCUGUGUACUCACAACAGUUUCCUAAAAGAUUGCUCAGAGGUACAAAAAAAAAUUAAAAGUAUUUUUGAUAGUUCAGCCACAGGAAGUCAAAUAGAUACGUCCCCACUGGAUUUAUUUGUUAAAACUGAAAACCUGGACAAGGAAUUCGAUAUUAAAGAGAUGGAAAUGUCAAUCAAAGCUGAAAGUAUUGACAUAAAAUCGGAAGAUGAGGAAAGGAGCGACACACCACUUCAGAGCCCCAAUAUUGCACCAUUCGAGGAGAAUGACUGUGAAGAUGAAGAAGAGGAUGGAUGUAAACAUGAGAAUGCAUCAGAAGUGAAAACCAAGCAGGAGCGCAAAGUAUUGUACAAAUGUGAUGAAUGUAUUUACGAAACUGAAAGUGAGAUCCGUUUCACGGUGCAUUGUGCGAGACACGAGAGGGAGGAUAAUGAUUUGGAAGGGUAUAAAUGUGAGUCCUGUGAGUACGAAACAAAAAAUGAGAAAUUACUUCAGAGGCACAUCGCAGGUUCAAAUGUACAAGUGUAA